UAUUGUUUGAAUUUUACAAUGGACGAGGAUUUAGCGGAUUUUUUGUUGUUAGACAGGAAUUUAUUAUUAAAUUCAAACACGAGACAGUUUUGGGUACAUGAGUUUAAUGAAGAUCACACCCAAAGUGAGUUUUAUGUGACCUGUUUACCCUUACGUGAUCAUGCUGACAAAUUCAAGAAAUACUAUCGAAUGACUGUUGAAACAUAUGACUACAUACUGUCCCACAUCAAGGGAGAUUUACAGAAAUGGUCCAACUUUAGAACUUGUAUAGAACCUGCCGAAAAGCUAUCGAUUCUCUUGAGGUAUCUAUCAACAGGCAUGUCCUUUGAAGCAUUGAGCGAAACAUUUCGCAUGAGCAACUACACCGUCGGAAAAAUAGUCGAGGAAGUUUGUGAUUGCAUGUGGGAACAGCUUGCCCCAGUCCACUUACCAGUGCCUAAUAAACAAAGAUUUCUUGAAAUUGCAGCAGAAUUUAAGGAGAAAUGGAACUUUCCCAACUGU